GCUAGAGGUGCAGCACAGGUGUGUAGCCCAGCAGUUUGAAGGAGACUCAUCCGAGUAACACAUCCGUUAAACCUGAGGAAAACUUCGUCAAGAGGCGAAGAUGGUGGAGAGAGAAAUACGUGGGAAUUAACGAAAAGGAUCGUUUCGGAGGAGAAACUCGUCUUUUUCUUACUUUAAUUGAUGUUUGUCUUUCGUGAAGUUGGAUUUAUACUGGCAACUUCUGUCUGCAAUCUACUUUCUGGCAUCUGAUUUCUGAGUUGGAUCAUUUACCUUCCUGCACAAUGAAUUUAAGAAGAGGAGUUUUGCUCCUUUUCUCAUUUCUAACCCUUCUUUAUGGCUCCAGUGGAGAAAUUCCGCCCAAACCUCCAACCAGCAGUGUCACCAUUGUGCCUCCCAUUAAGCCUGAUGCUCCUCAGGCCUAUCCAGAUACAGGUAAAGACAAUUUACCUGUGUUUACCAUGGAUUACCCGAGAAUACAGAUCCCUUUUGAGAUCACUCUGUGGAUUCUGCUGGCUUCAUUUGCAAAGAUUGGUGAGUAACACAAACAUAUGCUCAAGCUCCUUCAUGAAGGAAGUAGGUGAGUUUAACAGGCACCUGACAUUCAGCUAAAGUGAAAUCUUCCUUUUUCAGGUUUCCAUGUGUACCACAAGAUCACCAUCUGGGUGCCAGAGUCUUGCCUUCUGAUCAGCAUUGGUCUGAUCGUGGGGGGCAUCAUGCACUCUGUCCAUGAAGAGCCUCCAGCUGUACUCUCCAGUAACGUCUUCUUCCUCUACAUGCUCCCCCCAAUCGUCCUCGACUCUGGUUACUUCAUGCCCACACGGCCUUUCUUUGAAAACAUUGGCACGGUCUGUAUCGAAUCAACCAGUUUCCUCAAAAACAGGUCCAGCUUGUUCCCCUCUCCAACAGAAAUGUGACAUUUUCUCUGUUUUGUUUUCAGGUGUUGUGGUUUGCAGUAGUGGGGACUCUGUGGAACAGCAUAGGCAUCGGCAUGUCUCUGUUUGCCAUCUGUCAGAUUGAGGCGUUUGGAGUGCAGGACAUAAACCUCCAGGAGAACCUGCUGUUUGCCACCAUUAUCUCGGCUGUGGACCCUGUGGCUGUGCUGAGUGUGUUUGAGGAUGUUUCUGUGAAUGAGCAGCUCUACAUCGUGGUGUUCGGGGAAUGUCUCUUCAAUGAUGCUGUCACUGUGGUGAGUAGAAAUGCAGAAACUGUAAAAGUGCAGACAUAUUUAAGCAGGUUAGUUGGUUUUUUCAACAGUUUCUUGUAAGUCUGCCCUUUACUCCAAAGUGAAACCUGCAGCAACAUGUUUGCCUGCUUUGGCUACCUCCAGGCUGUUGCUUGUUAUGGAAACAUGCCGACAAGGAACCACAGUACUGUUCCCAAUUUGUUAAGAGCAUUGUUUGGUAAAGUAAAGUUCACUUUGAUGAUUGAAAACUACAUGAAAAAGCACUCUACGCAGGGAGGAAGAGAACUGAUGCAACUGUUAAGAGUGCAAAUUAUAAUUCAGCAGCAUGGACCAACAAAAGAAACAAAUCUAGGGACUAAAAAGAGUGAAUCAAAGAGGCUCAUGCAAUUCACUUAAAGCUACUGUAGGGAGUUUUUGAUAGGUAAUGAAACAGACUGAAAUGAAUGACGAUGCAUUACUAUGCUGUGCAAAAACAAACAAGACCAUUAGCUGUUGCGUAGGAGUGGGUGACAGACCAGAUGGUUGGCGACUUGCUGUAAAUGCUUUUAUUAGUAUUAUCUUUACGGCAAUUACUCAAAAUAGGUCGUACAUUUGAUGAUUAGAAAAGCGUAAUGUGAUUUAUCAAGCGCCAUUGUCUUAUUCUCAAUCUGUCUAAAAAAUAAGCAGGUAAAAUGACAACCCGAGACCAGUCUUAACAAAGACACAAACACAAAACAGAGCAAAAAAACAAAAAUGUUAAUUUACUAUGACAAAUAUGAACAUUUAUGGCUCCAGUUUUUUACUUUCUCAACACACUCCUGGGCCUUUUUUGAUAGAUUUUGAACUACAUUAAUGCUUACAGGCUGUUGAUGUAUCUUCACUAAUUUUAGUCAUUUUAUAAUCCUGAAAACAAAUACAAGCAAGAAAAUUGACAGCUUACUUUUUUGUAACUAUGCCCUUAACUAUACUGUGUAUAGAUAACGAUUUAAGCGUAUAUAUACAGCAGUUUUUAGCUGUCAUAUUUUUCUUGAUCGUAGUGAAGACACCAUUUAUUGUGUCCUAUCUUUUUCUCAUCGUUUCUACAAUAUUCCUGGGAACCUUCUUGUCUGUCUGUUUCUUCAAUUUAUUGCUCAUUGCUCUGAAGUACUUAUCAAAUAAUCUACUCGAAUCAUAAUAAUAAAAGUUGCCUCUAAACGGCACCUAGUUUAGACCCUUAAUUUCCACACUGCUUUAAUAUGAAGUGCAGAUACAGUGUAAGAUCCUUUUCUCUCCUUAAAGGCUCCGCUCAGGUUUCAUCAGAUACUGUCCCACUUCUAUUUUCUGUGUUAGUGUGCAUGCAUGAGGACAGAGUGUGUCAGAGGGAAAUAUGUGUGCCCUGGUCAGAUUAUUGAAAAGAUAACCCGCUCAAAAAUGGAAGUAAGGGAAUGUAGUCAGAGACGUUAAAACGGAUGUUUCCGCAGAUCUGGGCUGCGCGGCUUUGUUUGCUCUGAUGCUGCUAAACCAGUUUCUGAGGUCACUGUUUCGGGAGGGGUUAACAUGCGCGCCCGCACACACAAAAACACACACAUCACCUGAAACUUAACAGAAAUGUAGUGAAGCUCAAAUUUCCCUCUCUUCAUCCUCUCAUUGUGUUCAAACACACCCUCUCAUCCUGCUCCAUAAACUGGCUCUUAGCUUUGGUGUGGUGGUGACUCCUUUGUUUGGUACACAGUAGCCGAGCUGAUACAGACAGGGAAGACAAACAUUUACUCAGAAGAGUGGGAAAGCCCAGGUGUGGGGCGCCCUUCAGACAAGAUUUCCUCAAAUCUCCUAAGUCAGGUGCAAGUUGUUCGAACUUUAGAAACCAGAAGUUAGUUGUAAUGAAGAGGAAUCCUGUUAUUCAUCGGUGAUGCUGCUUAUCUUUUAUAUCUUCAAAUAGGCAAAUUCUGAAAAGGGAACAGUAGAUCUGUUACUCUGAGACGCCUAGAGAGAUGACACAAUUCUGCAUGCUGAUUUACCGAGGGUGUAGUGAGCGAAGGAUGCAGGGGUGCACCAUCUACCCACUAUUUUCAGCAUGCUCUAAAGAUAAUGAAAAUAAUUACAAAUAAUAAGCAGCAGAAGAAACAAUCAAUUUACAUGUUAAAACUGGUGCUACAAGUAAAAAAACAAACAAGUAGAACACACACAUCAGAUAAGUGAUUUUAAAUACAUGAUAAUAUGACAUUGAAAAAUACCUGUUGAUGCUUACUGCACUUGAGUGUGUAUCUAGAUCUGUAUUGUUGUAAUGAGAGAGAAUCUGUCCAGCGUUCGAAAAAAAAAAUGUUGUUGGAUGGUAGGGGAAGUUCCCGCCCUGCUUUGCCUCUGAUUGGCUAGAAGUGCUGGGGUCUGAUUGGUUAUUCUUAAUGGCUGCAAAACGUCAUUGUCUGUCGGGUUAGGAUUAGGAUGAGGGUUAGGGUUAGGGGAUUCAGAAGUGCGAUAAUGUUCUGUAAUGUUCUGUUCGAUGUACAGAGCCGACAGCCUGCGUUUGUCUUGAGUGUGUAAUGACGUUUCCAGCUUUUCUAGCCAAUCAGAGGCGAAGGAGGCGGGACUUUCCCCUGCCAUCCUACAAAAAAAUAUAUAUAUAUUGUGUCCAGCACAUACUGUAUCAUAGUUCUCAUUGGGGAUGUUAAUUUUUGUAACUGGUCAUAAAACUUUGAAACUUUUUAAAUGUGUGCGUUAGUUUAAAAGAUAGUUAGCUGCUCUUGCAAAUUCCUCGUUCCAUGAGUCACGGGCUUGCUUUGUAAAAUGAGAUGACCAGUCUGCAAACAGUCUAGAGUAAGUACUUCCAUAAAUCACUGCUAUCUAGGACCUUGUCAUGAAAGGCUGCAGCCUCUGACCUCACCCUUGACCUCUGCACAUGCGCCUAUUCAAAUCCGCACACAGACCCUGUUUAAGCAUGCAUGCACCUGUGUUUGUGUUUACAGGUGUUGUACAACAUGUUCAACUUCGUGGCAGAGAUGCCGGUGGUAGAGCCGGUGGAUGUUUUCCUCGGAGUGGCGAGGUUCUUCGUAGUUGGGCUCGGCGGGAUGGGCUUCGGCAUCCUGUUUGGUUUUGUGGCUGCUUUCACCACCAGAUUCACCUCCAAGGUGCGGGAAAUCGAGCCGCUCUUCAUAUUCAUGUACAGCUACCUGGCGUAUCUGGUGGCUGAGCUGUUCGCCAUCUCGUCCAUCAUGGCGUGAGUAGAUUGGACCACUCUUCUGAGUUUGAAUAUUUCAAAGACUGAUAUUUUUGAUGCUGUAAGAGCACAAGAAAAGUACAAGUGUGUUUUAUGUUUUUCAGCAUUGUGACCUGUGCCCUCACCAUGAAGUACUACGUGGAGGAAAAUGUCUCCCAGCGUUCCUGCACAACCAUCCGCCAUGUAGUCAAGAUGCUGGGCUCCAUCUCUGAGACCCUCAUCUUCUUCUUCCUGGGGGUGGUCACCAUAACAACAGAACACGAGUGGAACUGGGGCUACAUCCUGUUCACACUGCUGUUUGCUUUUGUGUGGAGAGGUCUGGGUAAGCAGAGGCUGAGGGGGGAUCUGUGUCAUGUUGGUCAGGUCAGAGUUAGUGUGACUUGGCUUCUGUUUGCGUUGUUACAGGAUUAAAGGUGCCCUCUGGGUUUUUUCACUAAAGGGUAUGCUUUGAAGGAAAUUUGCAUCAGUUUGAUACCAUUUACUUUGCACAAACUUAAAGACUUAUCAUGCACAAGCUCGUAAGCAGUGCAACUCACAACCUUUUUGUAGCCAUUACAAGUGUUUUAUGAGGGAAUAUUCACUCAAGUUGUUGGAUACGUUGCUUAGUGAUUGAUUGUUGCCUCUGUGAUCAUCUUCUUUGGUCUUGACACAGGAAGCUGCUGCUGAUAGGAACAAAUUUGAUCAAAAUGGAGAAAAAAGUUGAUUUAAAGCCACAAAUCCAAAAAUAUCAGCUGAAAAGAUGCAUCAAAGUUUAGACGAACUGAAAGGUCCAGCAGGACAGUUAUUCGCACUGAUCGGUGCGACUCUUCUAAUUUUGGUUCAGGUGCUGCCUCCUCUCACAUUUCUGCACAGAUGUAACAAAUCAAAUCUUUGCAGUAAAACCAAACUGACCCCAGAAGUGAAAGUAACUGUAGUGCUGCUGAAAUGUUGAUGAAGUUUUAAUCUUGUUCCAGUUGUCAUUUGAAAAGAAAUCACAUACUUUGUUUUCUUUUCUUUCUUCUCAGGCGUCCUGGUGCUGACUCAGAUCAUUAACCCUUUCCGUACCAUCCCAUUCAACCUCAAAGAUCAGUUUGGUCUGGCUUACGGUGGCCUGCGAGGCGCAAUCUCAUUCGCCUUGGCUUUCACUCUUCCUGAUAACAUCGGCCGCAAGCAGCUCUUCAUCACUGCCACCAUUGCCAUCAUCCUCUUCACUGUCUUUCUUCAGGUAAGAGAUCAACAAACAGUCAUCUGACAUUAUAACUCAUGGUGUGACGUAUGUAAAUAUUAAUCCAAGGCUGAAGUACCUCUAAAACGUGUGAAUCUUUUUUUCUUAAGGCCAGUCAUCUAAAAAGGUCAAAAAUAGCCUAUUUCAUAGUUCUCUCUUGUUUUUUUCAUAAUUUUAAGUCCAGGGUAGAGCUGAUUUAAUUUUCUUAAGUUGUGCAGGAUUCACAAAAACAACCUUGGAUCCUAUCUUGAUGUCAGAGCAGUCUACAUAGCUUUAAUGACCAAAUAAAUGUUACCUUCUUAUCAAACUUUUUUUCAAACAUAUGUGUAGCAUUUAAACCUGGAUCAGUUUUGACAGAAGUUUCUUUUUCAAAACAAAUCAACACCCCAAAAAUUAAAUCACAGUUGAGUUUAAAUGAAAGAAGCCAGGAUCCAGUUUGAGUUCUUUCAAAUCUAGUUUAAUGCUCACCAUGUUUCUGUGCAUUAAAUUGUUAAGUAGAAGCCCAAGGUCUCAGUCUGUUAAAAUCUGCAAAUUUAAUAAAAGGAUAAAAAUAUUAAACCAAAAAACAUCACUGAAAUUUAUCAUAUGAGGUUCAAAGUGAAGUAAAAUAGUAAAACAUGAAGAAUCUGCUCAGUCAGGGUUGUUGGAGGUGGUGUACUAUCUACAGCUCCAGUUUCACUCCCUCUAAUUUGACUGGUUUUGCUGUGUGUUUAUUCUAUCUGCUGAAACUGUGCUAACUUUUAUCCUCCUCCACAGGGCAUCAGCAUCCGACCUCUGAUUGAGUUCAUCAACGUCCGCAGAACAAACCGCAACCUGGACACCAUCAAUGCAGAGAUUCACUGCAGAGUAAGACACUGACUCUUAUUCUGUUGUUGUUGUUGAUGAAGAUGUCAUGUUUUCACAGCACACAGUGUUAACAGGUUGGGUUUGCUUGCAGCUCAUGGAGCACACUAUAGCUGGUAUCGAGGAUCUGUGUGGACAGUGGAGCCAUUUCUACUGGAAGGAUAAGUGAGUGGUUUUCCUCCUCUGCUGUUUGCUCUGUGAUUGAGAGUUCUCAGUUUCCUUUUUGUGAUUUAAGUAUGACAGUGCUAUUGUUCACUGCUGUGGGACUGCAGGAAUGCCAGCUGCUAAAAUCCAACCCUGGAGUUGAGCUUAGCUUCCUCCAUCAGUUUACUGAUGGUUUUUCCUGCCAAGGCUCUCCAACAUUUUCUACUUACAUCCUCAUAGCUACAUGUCUAUCUGUUUUUUUAAGACUCUACCGGGUUCAUGCCACAAACAUAAACUGUAGUCACUUGCCUUGUAAAACAGGUUCCUCAAGUCUCAAAAUGUCAAUUUCAAGAUUUUAAGAUUAAACGAGUCCGAACAAGCUGCAGUCCUGCUCAUGACAGGACAAGAGAUAAGUGUCAUCCUGUUGUCUUUUAACAGUGAAACAUCACAAAAAACCUUUCUUCAGCCUGCUGCCAAUCAUCUGGUUUGAAUCUUUCCCCUGACAGUGUUUUCAGACAUUAACAAUCACAACAAAGAAUUUGUCUUGUUCAUGAAGGUCUCCUCUGCUUCUGAGGAUCUUAAAGAGGCCUCAGUAUCAGAUUCAGACUGUUUCUUAAGCAGUUAAAAACUCCUCACAGUGCCUUUAGAUUACAACUUUGGAUUUUGAGUAAUACAAAAAGUGACAAAUACAGGAAUGAAUUAAUAAAGUUAAAGGAAAGUUGUGCACAACAAACUCCUAAUCAGAACUAUUAUAAUUGUUUAAAAGAGUCAAAUACUGCAACUUACUUGAAAUAAUUCAAAUUGGACUUUAACAUUUCCACUCUCCAUUUAAAGAAGAAACUCUCAAAUCUUAGCUGAAGGACACCAUAUUGAUCUGUGUUUCUAGACAAAACUACUGACUGCUCGUCUCGUCAUUAAAUUAUCCCAUUAAAAGAAAAUAAAUAAAUAAAAAAAAAACAGAAAAAAGGGGGAAAAUUGUGCUUUGAAAAUGUAGUUCAUCCUUCUGUGCCUUAGAGCGUCAUUGUUGUUAAAAAAUAUAUAUAAAAACAAGCAGAACUUGACACUGAGUAGCAUCAUUCUUACAAAGAGAGCCCAUUGUUUGCUUCAAUAUCUUUAGGGGAUUUGUUGAAACAAAGAAACAAGUCAUUCCUUCAUAAUUGAUCUUUUUUUACAUUCAUUAUUUCCAGGUAUCUGAAGUACAAAACCUGCAGUGAUUAUGAGAUACUUUGAGGUCACAGUGUGUGUUUCUUUUAUAUUUCACACAAUACACACUGUGUCAACCCUAAUCAACAUAUUCCUUUUUUCCUGUUAGAUUUAUGAAGUUCAACAAUCGAGUCCUGCGGAGGAUCCUGAUCCGGGACAACCGAGCUGAGUCCAGUAUUGUGGCUCUGUACAAGAAGCUGGAGCUGCAGAACGCCAUGGAGAUCCUGGACACUGUAUCUGGAGACAUCAGUGCUGCUCCGUCCAUUGUCUCUCUUUAGUAUGAGACUUUAAUCAUGUCUUUGUUUUUUAAAUUAUCACACAUUAUGCUCAGUGCUGAGAGGGUGUGAUAUUUUUUUGUCUCAUGGUUUAUUUUUAAUUUGUCUUGUAGUGAGGAGAAGAAAAAUGCUUCUAGACCGAAGAAGAAGUUCCUGGCUGCUGACCUAAGGAACAUGCACGACAUCCUGUCCAAGAACAUGUACAAGAUCAGGCAACGGGUAAGAGAUUCAGCAGUGUCACAAGAGCAGUACUGUUUUAAACCUUUAUUUUUAGCAGGGCUAUAAAAUCACAAAACACCUUUUUAUUUAACAUUUAUCAGCAUAGUUUUGACUUGAUAUGCCCUGUGUAUAAAAAAAAAUCACUUUGAAAGAGAAAUGUUGUAUUUUUAUGGCUCUACAUUUCCAGAUACAUAAAGCAGAUCCUGUUGCUGGUUACAAAUCAACUAAAAACACAUGAUAAGCUUAUCAAACACAAUCAGUGGUUUGCUUUACUUACUAAUUACUGGUUUACCAAAUUUUCAAAAACUUACCCAAGAUAAGGAAAAGUAAAAAAAAAGUUAACAUAUUGGUGCAAGAAAGUUAUUUUUUUUCCCCCUCAGCCUUUAGUCAUCUUGAAGCCUUUCAGAGAUUUCUCGAGACCAUUUAUUCAUAAAUUGUGAACCACAGGGAUGUGCCUGUGUGAAUAAUUAAUUUUGAUUAUUUAUUAUUGAGUUUCUGCACAAAUAGUACUUUCAGUUUCAUCUCUCUAAGUACUUCACCUUAAAAUCGUAGUAUAUUUUUAUUCAAGUUUCACUGAAUUUUUGCGGCAGCUACCAGCACAGCCAAAAUGGACAGUACACAUAAAUUAACUGUUCAAAUAAAUCAAAAAUCACUUUGCACAACAGACGGAAAUUGUGUGAUUGUGUUAAGUCAGAGAGCUAAUCCUGGAGUGAACUUUCAGCAGUAGUUUUCGUCACAGCAGUAUAAAACUUGAACUCCUGCCUCCUUGAAUCAUCAGUGGUCUAGUCAACAUGUGCUCCUUUACGAGGCUGAAGUCCUUCACUCGUCAUGUCACCCUUAUCAAAUCCCUCCACCCUAACUCUUGUGAUCUGCUUGUUUCACGUAUUUGUCAUCUCUUGUUAACAUUGAACGUUGAGUCUCUGCGACGCCUUCCUCACACGAUGUUUUGAUUACUCCAGCCUCUGAAACUCAGCGCUGUUUUGCAUACCCACAGGCUGUGGCCAGCAGUACUUUUCCAUUAGCUAAAUGACAUCACCAUUUUAAAAAGCCCACAGAAAGGCGCUUUGAUGUGACGAAUACAAAGCGUGUGCUCCUGUCCUAAAGAUGAUGGACUCUCUGAUCAUCUUCAAAGCUUUUCUUUCUUGAAAGUAUCUCAUAUGUGGUUCAUUUCCUCACACAGACUCUAAGUUGCUUUCUCUUUGUCAUGCUUACCACACAUGUAGCCUUCUUACACUAGUGUCAUGUUAUUGCAUUUAGCUGUGUGUGACGCCGCUUUUGCAGGUAAAAGAAUAGUGUAGUUUGUGAAAUCUCUAUGAAAUACGUGAAGAAAGUUAAAAAAAAAGACUUUUUAAAAAUUGUACUCUUUUUCUGUAACAGAAAGAACUGAGGAAGUAAAAUUAGUUAAUAUUUUAACUCAACAGUUGCUUUCUAAAAUAUCAAAAAAAGGAUGAUACCACCUCUUUAACAUGUGAUCUGGGAAAAACAUGUUAAUAUUUUAUAUGGAUUUAUACUUUUAUACACUUUUUUUUUAACCUUAAAAAAUCUUGUUUUUUCAUUUAAAAUGAUGAAAAAUGAAUCAAAAAGAAACAAUAAAUCAAUCAAGAAUGUUAAUUAAUAGCUUCCAUUUAUGUUCUGAAGCGUGAUGCACAUGAAAUAAGCGGAAAAAAAAAAUCUGAAAAUACCUCAAAAUCCUGUUUAAUACUGGAUUAAGACAGUAUCAUUUUCAACAGUUUUAAAAUAAUAUAAACUCCUUGCCAGCAAUAAUUCAAAAUGUGUUCAACAUGUCCAAUAGUAAAAAGUGUUUUUAUAGCUUAAUCUUCAAUGAAAUAAUUUGUGGUGUUGCACAAGAAAAGACAGACGGGAACAUACCAUCGGUUCUUCUUCUCAAACCUCAGUUGAGACAUAUAUGAGCGUAAUGUUGACGUUUCUGUAACCUUUACAGUAUCUGCAGGGUGGCUCUGUUUGUUUUAGGUUGAACUAAAAGCUGCAUGACAGACAGAACUGUUGGUAUAUUGACAUUGACGUAUGUGGAGGAGGAGGUUAGUGUUGCAGCUCACGUGCCCAAACAGAGACACGGACCCUCGCAGGUCAAACAGGUGUGGCCAGUUUAUACUGAGUAAUCGGAGUUUUGAAAAAUGCUGCUGCCGCCUCUCAAAGAGUCCAAACUGUGUGAUUGUCCCGGUCUUUUGUUCUCUCAACAGUCAGAGGGUGUAAGGGGGAACUAUUGUGAUAGCCUGAAGGCUGGUUUAGUUCACAGGGACCGGUUCAAAAUGGUGGAGUCUGUGAGGCCAAAAAAGGCCACUAGUGGUUUUUGCAUCUACUGUGUGAUGGUUGAUGAGUUGACUAUUGUUCCUCUCUGUGUUUUCUAACCAGACGGUGGCUUACACCAAUAAGAACAAACUUCCCAAUGACAGCGCCACCAGGGAGAUCCUGAUCAGACGCCACGCCAGCAUUCGCAGGAGCCUCCGACCUGGAAGCUUUCAGACAUCAGUAAGAAUGAAAAAACCUCAACACUCUGGCUGCUGUUUAUGAGAUACUCUCGACACAUGUAGCCCCAGCUGAAUCAUAUUCAAAGCAGGUUCAUUACUUUUCAAGGAAACAAAGAUGAUAGCCCUGAUUAAACAGCCGGUCCUUUGUUCAUCAUCUUCUAUUUUCUUUUCUCAGCAUAUCCUCCUCACUCAUUCUGCUGUUGUUUGCAUCCUCAGGUGGUGCCUAAGUCCCACAAAUACUUUUCCCUUCCUGCUGGAAAAAGUCUGGACUCAAAGUUUCCUCCUGGGAGGGUGAGCUACACAGGUAGGCUUCUCAUUUACUCUAUGGAUCAUUUCAAAGUAGGGUUGUCAUGAUAUAUCGUGAUAUGUUUUAGAGCCCUGACACCUGCACCAGAAUUUCAAAUGAAGUUCUCAUGGGUUACCGACAUGGGUUAGUGUUGUGGUGAGACUUGCAGCUUUCAGGUCACUGUAUCAUGCUUUUUUGUCUCCAUCUCUUCCAGAUGAUCAGGAAACUAUGUCAGAGGUGGCGUACCCCCCCAGACGCUCCCGGUUUAGCCAGCCUUCCCGCUCCUCCUCCUCCAGAGCCAUGAUGCCCCUGCACAGGCUCGACACCCUGAAGGAAUCUCCCUCCGUUAGUGUGCUGGAUGAAAACUCAGGAGAAGAGCGAGGCAGGGCAGGGCGUGGUGUGCCCAGAAUAAACUCCUCCUCCAGUGAUUCCCGUGUUCCCGCACCGCACCGUCCAUCAAAUAAUGGUGACAGCGGCUCAGCUGAUAACCUCAGAAACAGUCAUCAUGAAGCAGAAGAGGAUCAGCAGGAGCCUUCGCCUCCACCUCCUGCCUGGGCCGCUGAACCGAGAGACAACACAACAAGAAACCCUCUGCUCAGGAGACCGCAGUGGAACCCAAAGAAGAAAUAAAAGAGCAGCUGGACUGCAACAGACUGAAUUUCAGGCUCUUGAGCUGCACACCAAUAAAACUGUGCGCUGAAGGUCCAUUGAUUUCUUAUAUGAGGCGUAAAAGCCUCUAAAUUGAGCCAAGAAGGACUUUACAGUCAGAGUUUUCAGCCAUACCAGAAGCACAGUGCACUGCAGUGAAGGAAAUGUAUUUUAUGCCAAUUUAUGUUGUUGUUUUUAAAGCAUCCUCAUGUGGUUUUUACAUACUUUAUAUCCUGUAGGAUUUUUUAACAGCCUAAUUUAAACUCUAUUUUAUUUUUAGUGAUUAUUUUGUUGUCAUUAUAUGUAAAUGUUGUCCGUUUGUUUUUUUAUUCUGUAUAUUAUGACUCAGUAGUUUUAUACAAAAAGGCCAAACUAGUUCAACAGAAGGAUUUAUUGCUGUGCAGUACAGAGUAUCCUCAGGACUGAGGCCUAGUCGGUCUGUUACACUGAUGGUGCUCAUAAAUCAGCAUCCAUUUCAAUAUUGUUUUACUCUGUAAUAAAUGUUCUAUGUUAUUGAAAAAUCCUUUUCCCAAAGCCUGCAUGUGUCGAUACUGAGAGCAGAGGAGGAGAUAGGAAAUGGGAUGAGUGAAGCUGAAACUAGAGCAGGAUUUCAGAAAAAACAAAACAUGACAGAGUCAGAUAGAAAAGUUGUUUAUUCUUGAGACUUCACAGCCAGAUCCCCACAUGGACGUGACUACUUCACUCUCAAUCUUGCAAGCUUCUUCUUUAAAUCAGUGUUGCAUAAAAAAUAAAAAUUAAAUUUAAAAGGUAUCAAAGAUAAUCAUGAAGCUCUUGUGCGGAGUUUUUAGUGGUUUUAACUACGAAAAGGAAUCAAAAAACAGCUCCAACUAGUUUGAGCGUUUAAUAUUAUUAAACCUAAUGGUUCCCUUAUUUCUGCCAAACAGUGACAUGGAGUGACACCUGCAAAAGGCAGUCAGUUAAACGAUAACCUUGGAGUGGAAGAAGUUAUCAUAGUGGACCCUCUCAAAACCCUCUGACAAAAUCAGCUCUAAAAUGAAACGGUGCAAUGUAUUGACUUAGUGUAAAAUCCACUUGCUUUAUACAACCUUGGCAGCCUUCUGAUGACAAACCUGAGUGUUUGUGUGACAUCUACGAGCCUUUCCUGUCAGAUCCCGAUAUCUUAUAAAUGAAGGUCAUUUGUGAGGAUUUAUGAAUAGAUUAGUGUCAUUAUAGUUGUUAGCUAACUCUGCUAGAUAGGGGCUGUUAUCUUUUUAGUUUGGCUGGUCAACCAAUCAGAGGCUGUGUCUGUGGUCAGCUGACCUGUAAAACCCCAUUCAGAAACCAGGCUUCCAGAGCAGUUAGGAUAAAGAAUUAGAUCAAUAAGCAGACUGGAUAAUGGUAUUGGUAUAAAUAUGUCUGAUUUCAGUAUUAAUAUGACCUACAAAAGCACAACCAUCAACAUAAUAAAUGCCUUUUUUAUAAGUUAGUGUCUGAAACUGCUGCUGGGGAGUGGGUGUAGGAUGACAUAAUUACCUUCAAUCAGCCAAAACAGCUCAUUUCACAUUUUCCUCAGCAAAGUCCUCAUGAUUGAUAUGUUUAGUAGUUAUGAAUAAGCAGGACAAUAAUCUUUGUUAAAAACACCAAUUAUACAUGUUUAAGACAAAUCAGCAAAGAAACAACAGCUACCUCUUUUUCCAAGGAAGGCACCAAAAUCACCUCAAACCAAAAGUACCUCUUUAAAUCUCUAAACAAAACAAAACAAAAAAAAAUCUUCAUGAGAGACCAGCCAUAUUGGCUUUUGUGCCACAGCAGGAGGUUAGGUACCAAAAGUGUUCAACUAGUCAUGGCCAACAUGGCUACUUCAAACAAAAACAGUGUGAUCUACCUGUGGUCAGUCAGGAGGUCUGGAAGUUCAGUUUCAUCUCAUUUUUCAACAGCGUUAUCUACCUUCAUAGACUUUGGACGAUAUAGUGGUUAGAGAAAUUACUCAGGAGUUAAAGUGUACAAUAUGUGUAGUUUCCAACUAAGUUUUCAGGCAGCAUGAAUCAAACGAGGCCCAUUUUUCUUAGACUGAUCCAACGUCAGUGUGAAGGGAUGAACGUCAAUCGUCUUGUCCCUGACUUCACAUUUGAUUUCUCCCCCUGAGAGAAGGACUGUGAUGCUGGUGAGGAAGAGCCUUUGUCACCCUGUGAUGUCCUCACAUCUUCAGACAUGUUUUUCAGAGGCAUCUGAGCAGGAAACCUUGAUCCCACUGUGAGUCUGCUUUUCAUCUCCAGAGCUGGCCCCUUCAAAAUAAGACCACUUCUCCUUCUGGAGAAGUGGUUUUAAGUGUCAUUAUUCUACAUUCAUCCAGUUAUUUUGAUUUUCCUAGUUUGACUACUUUCGUUAAUCCCCGCCCGUCCCAUUUGGGGAUCCUGAUGAGCAGUAAACCCACAGCUGCAAGAGCCAGCACCACCCCCAGACUGGGGGGACCACAGGGGCUGAACUCCUGGGCUAGACCGGAGAGAAGAGGGGCCAAAACUCGACCGACAGCUGUGACUGACUGCCCUGCUCCAAUCAGAGUCCCACUGGCCUGGACCCCUCCU